AUGUCGGAUUGCAAGACUACCCGUGAAGUCUUUGCUUGGAUUCAGGAAUCUCAGAAUCAAGAGCACUACAUUUCAUGUUUCGAUGGCAAAACCUAUAGCGAUGAUGAGUAUGUGGAGCUUUUUCAAUCCCCAUUUCACAACUCCGAGAAAUCAUUAGACAUUGUGGGUUCAUGUAAUGGGCUUGUUGUGCUUAAUGGAAUCUUUUUUAUGCCCAUUCAAUUCAAUUUGCUUCUAUGGAACCCAUCAAUUUGUUCUAGGGACAGUGGAGCUUUAUGUUAUGUUAGCACUCACUCUUGGAGAUCCAUUUGUGUUGCUGAUUUUUGUCAUGAUACAUUUUAUCGCGCACCCUUUGUGUUUGUGAACGGGGCUGUUCAUUGGAUUGCGUUUGUUCGUAAUUUAGCGAUUUUGAUGGUUGUGGUUUUUGAUAUGGGUGAUGAGGUGUUUAGGGACAUGGCUAUGCCGAACCAUCUACUUAAUUUAAUACCUACUGCAAGGAUGCAGGCUAUGGUAUUGGGUGAUUCACUUGCAAUAAUUGACUCCGAACAAAAUAUAAACCAUAAGACUUUCCACAUAUGGGUAGUGGAAGAAUGCGGUGUCGUGGAGUCAUGGGCUAAACAAUUCACAAUAAUUCUAGAGGAAGAAUUUUUGAGAGUAGCGGGUUUUAGGAAAAAUAUAUGGUGA